AUUUACUCCUUUUUCUGUCUACAAAGGCCCUGAUAAAACUCCUUCCAGUGUUGGAUCUACAGUAAAUAUCAGGACUCUUCAUGUUAGGUUGGGUUUUUUCCUGAUGGCGCAGAAUGAAAACGUUGCGGUGUCAGAAAUGUUCGGCGGCUCUCUUCCAGGCAGCCAUGGCCGGUGUUUGAUAUGCAGCAGCCAGUGCCAGGUUUCUCCUCUUUCUGACAAAAGCAGCUCAGACGUGAAGGCUUUGUUUUCUGACAUCGGCGUUGUGGCAACCAGACAUCUGACAGAGAUCAGCAAAGUUGUGGCGUUUCAGGCCCGACAUCAGAAGAGGUUGCUCAAUUACUACAAGCAAAAGAACCAUAAACUAGAAGACAUGUUGGUCACUAUAAAGCAAGAAAUGCAGCAGAUGGGGAAGAAGCUGAAUGAUCAGAGGGCUUACAUUGCUAAGCUGGAAAAGUCUCUCCAGCACCACAGUUUAAAAGCUCCGUCUCAAAUCAGCAGCAGUCCUCACACCCCGCAUGGAAACAAAUCAGUGCUUCAGAUUCCAUACGAGUCUCCCGUGUUCCUCCCGCGUCACGCUUCAGCCACCAACAUCAGCCAAAGCCUGGAGCUGGAAGAAAGGAGUCUGUUCAGGAAACCCGUUUCUGCGCCCAGACUGUCGGUGAUGAAGGCGCUGCCAGAGGGACGACCAGGACCCGCCACCCACUGGUCCUACAGCCAGAACCCACUGACCUCCCACUCUGCACACUCAGCCACCGUCAGCCGUUUUUCUCCCUCCACUCCGGAGUCGUACAGUCAGAGUUCAGCCUGGAAGUCGCCUCAGUUCAAAGCUUCGUCCUCCUUCAGUCACUCUGCGUCCUUCCUGGGGUUCCCUCCUCCUUAACGCUUCUGGUUGGAUACGACUGGUGAUGCACAUGAAGGUGUUAAAUGUGCAGCUUAAACCCAGCAUGCAAUGAGAGACAAACUGCUCUUUACUGUCAAACUGUAAAUGAAAUAAAUUGGUAAACGAGUUCAGCGUCUCUGAGUGAAAUGGCUAAAUAUGGCCACUUUAAAUAUUCUGCAAACUAAACAGACUCAUCCAUUGUCAACCGGAGGAAAUGAAGAUGAACGCAGACUGAGCCGGUUAGCAUUAGCUUCUGCUGAUUAUUUUAUGUGCGGAUCAGUCUAGCAUUAGCAUUUUCAAAAUAUGUUUUUAUGUUUAGCGUUAGCCGCUAAUAAAAUAGUGGUGUAGUGUUAGCUUCUGCUAAUUUUUAAUGUGCUUAGAUUCUGAUA